AAUAAUAAUAAUAAUAAUAAUAAUAAUAAUAAUAAUAAUAAUAAUAAUAAUAAUAAUAAUAAUUUAAUUUGUAUACCGCCCUUCUCCCGGAGGACUCAGGGCGGUGAACAGGCAGAUAAAAUAAAGACAAUACAUUCAAUAAAAACAAUAUUUUAAAAAACUUAUUCCAAUAGCCUAAAUUUAAAAUACAAUACAAAAUAUAAAAUAAACCCCAAUAAAAUCCAUAUUUAAAACCCUAUUAAGCCAGUCCUGCUCGAAAGAAUAGAUAUGUUUUAAGCUCGCGGCGAAAGUCCGGAGGUCUGGAAGUUGUCGAAGUCCUGGGGGAAGCUCAUUCCAGAGGGUAGGUGCCCCCACAGAGAAGGCUCUCCCCCUGGGGGUCGCCAGCCUGCACUGUCUGGCUGACGGCACCCUGAGGAGGCCCUCUCUAUGAGAGUGUACCGGUCGGGUGGGAGGCAUGUGGUAACAGAAGGCGGUCCCGAAGAUAUCCCGGUCCUAUGCCAUGGAGCGCUUUAAAGGUGGUAACAUGAAGGAAUUCCAAAAGGAAUGUAAAAUUCUGGCUGAGUUAUGAAGAGAAGAGAGGAAGGACAUGUUGACUGAAGAUAAGAAACCUGGAAAUUAUGAUUGCUCACAUGAGAUAGCACUGAGAAUGGGGGAGAGGAGGAGGAAGAAAAAGGGAAAGGAUUGAAACAAGCUGUAAAUCCUUUGCCAUUGCAGAGCCACCUGCUCAGUCUCGGUAUCCCUCCUGAUCACUACUAAAGACCCUUGGGGAGGAUUUUUCCGACAAAAGUACUCUUGCGAUACAUCAGCAAAUCCACAAUGGAGAAAAAACAUACAAAUGUUCAGACUGCGAGAAAUGUUUUGCUCACCAUUCAGCAUUUCACAGGCACACUCGAUAUUACACAGGAGAGUGGCCUUCUUCUUGUGCCAUAUCCGUCAUUGAAUGUCAUGUUGGCAAUCCUAUUUUUAUCAACAGACGCAUGAAAAAGUGCUGCUGAAUUUUGUCCAAACCGGUCCCUUAGAUUUUGAAGCCAUGAUGUUUUUCUUCUGCUUGGACCUCGUUUGUCUUCAAUCUUUCUCUGGAGGAUUAAGUAAAGUAUGGUGUAUUUUUCCGGGUGUUGCAUCACAUGUCCCAAAUAGUCUAACUUUCACUUUUUAAUGGUUUUGAUGAUUUCCCUUGGCUUUCCGAGGUGACUUAUCACCUCCACAUUUCUGAUUUUGUCACCUCAGCUUAUAUGUAAUAGCCUUCUGUAAAUCCACAUUUCAAAUGCUUCUAGUCACUUCAAGUGGCUUUCUGUCAGAGACCAACUCUCUACUCCAUAGAGCAAAAUAGAAAAGAGUGGCCUUAGAAGUAUACAAAGUGUGAGAAACCUUAUAAAUCAAAGCUAAAAAUGCAUCAGAAUGUCUACUACAGAAAUAAAUCUCUUAAGUUGUGGACAAUGUCAGGAACACUUUUUUUCAGCAGUCACAUCUUAGCAUUUACCAGGAUCAUCAGGGACAGAAGAAUUCUAUAAUUGGUUUUUUUGAGGAAAACUCUUUUUCUAGUCACAUAACCUUAAAUACAAUCAGGGAGUAUAUAAUCAAGCAAAAGUACAUCAAUCUGGCAGCAUAAGGAGGUUUGGCUCAAAAAGCAGCACAUUAGUAACUUACCAGAGACAUUUCACAAGAGAAAAGAGUUACAAGUGAGUGUAGAUUGUUUUGCAGAGCAUAGCUAGUCCUUGACUUAUGACUGCAGUUAGGAACAGAUUCCUGGUAAUAGGUUUAUACAGUCAUACAUUGUGGUACCCAUAUAAAAGGUUCUGAUUUGAUGGCAUUUUUUGUGGCCAAUAAGCAAUAAGCGGUCCCAUUCUUCCAAAUUUGCUUUUUUCUGCAAAAAUUGGCAAAAAAAAAAAUUCAAAUUGUGAUUGGAUGGCUGCAAGAUCAUGGAACUGGUUGCAAAAGCCAGCCAGUUGCAAAAUUAAAUUUCUCCUCCUUGAACAGAGAAUGAUUUUCAUAAACACUCACACACUUCAAAUACACAUAUGUGAUUUGAACAGAAAAUGAUAUAUGCCUGUGUAAGUCAAUAUCAGUGUUCCUCAACCUUUACCAUUUUAAGGUGUGUGGGUUUCUACUCCCAGAAUUCCCCAGCCAACAUGAAUUCUAGGAACUGAAGUCCACCCAUCUUAAAAGAUGACCAUUCCCAAUCAACAUCCAGGACAUCUAGUAUUGCCUAGCCCUAGUGGUUAAUGCCAGGGCUCAAAAGCAGGAGACAGUGAGUUCCAGUCCCGCCUUGGCCCUGAAAGCCAGGUGGGUGAGCGUAGGCCAGUGUCAGUCUAACCCACCUCACAGGGUGGUUGUGAGGAAAAUAAGAGGAGGAAGGUAUGUUGGAUAUAUUCACUGCCUUGAGUUAUUUGCAAAAAUAAUAAAGCAGCAAUAAAUAGAAAUAAAAAAUGGAAUCAUUUCUAUUUUCCAGUGGCUUGGCAAUACUUUCAGGCUUAAUUUCCUGUUGUAUUGUGUUGCCUCUGGGAACAAAUGUGAGAGCUGGGCUGCUCCCCCAAACUGUCUUCUUUCCUGUCUUGGGGUCUCUGGUGAUUAGGAAAGCAAAGAAUGGGAGAAAACUCAUCCAUGCUCACCCAAUUUAAACUCUGACGAUGGAGGGUCAUCAACAUGUAAUCUCUGCACCAGUGGCUAUUACAGAUCAGUGUAAGUCAUGACAGAUGACUGAUGACAGAUGCAUUAAAAGAUCCUGGGAGGAAAGUUAAACAUUUAUUAUCCAGUUAGAAAAGAAAACCAAAAAAGUAAAACUACCAAAAAAGGUAACUAUAGAAUGCUUCUCGUUACUGGCACUUUGAACGCAGUUGCGAAACAAAAAAACCUAAAUAGGGCUUCUCCAUGGACACAUACAAGCUCGCGCUUCUACCGUGCGGCAAGGGACACUCUUCGCAUGGGCAGAGGAACCCUGGACACCGACGCCCAUUGGAGAAACAGAGGCCGUUUCAUUGCACGUGGUCCUGGCUGGGAGGGGAGAUUGGGGGCUAUAAGGGGCGUGGCUAAAAAAGCGGAAGCGGAAUCAGAGUGGAGAGCAGGAGCUCAGCCCCGCCUCUCACUGUUUGGAUCUUUGCAUCCUUCCCCGAGUCCCGGCGAGGAUCAGCGCUGGACCGCUCGGGUCAGGAAGGGCUAUUCUAUCUCCGGCCUCCAGGCCGCCCCUCCUCCCAGGAGAUCCUCUUCCCGCCAGGAGGAAGGGAGCUGCUUAUCCCGCUCUUCGGCUUGCAGGGAUUUCCUUGGGGAGAUCCAGUUCUGCAAGGAACGGCUCCCUCCCUUCCCUCCUCACCCGGCCAAGGUUCCCCCGGGGACUUCGUGGAUUCGGAAAGGAGCUUUGAGGAGGUUGCUUUCAGAAGGUCACUGUGGUCCGUCAGAGCAAGAGGUCUCUGAGCAUGCAUAUCCCGCAAGUGCAGUUUUAAGAAAUAGAAUAAACGGAGCUUUAAACCAUUUAUUGAGGAGACAAAGGACAAGGGUUGUUCUUGGAUCGGGAGCCACCAGCCUUUGGCUGGGACCAUGUUCUACCUAGAGAAUUUGGAAAUUGUGGCUUGGUUGGAGAAGCAGUUUCGUGCACAAAGGGCCAUUCGGUCAGGCAAUAUUUAACCGGUCAGUGGUGAAGGUCAUCCCUGGCCUUGACUCAGAGCGGGAACAAGUAACCCAGAGACCUCUUAACUGUAAAUUGAAAGAAAUAAAAUAUUGUGAUCCAACUUUUAUCUGCAAGUCGACUACGACAAACAGUAGAAAAUCAGCGCAAGGCAGCCGCCGCCAACAAGUAUGGAGCGUGAGAAACCAUUGGAUCUCCCGUCAGACACAAGCAGCACUCCAGAAAACCAUCAAACAUCCCAUAUAUGCUCAGAGUGUGGGAAAACCUUUGCUUGCUGGUCCCUCCUUUUGACCCAUAGGAAUAUCCAUUUUCAAAGAGGAUCCAGUCAAGGUUUGGAGGGUAUACUAAAACCCUAUAAAUGUGAGGAAUGUGACUUAUGCUUUGAACGAAAGUUAGAACUUCUUAAACAUCAAAAAAUCCAUACUGGAGAUAAACCUUAUCAAUGUCUUGAAUGUAGGAAAUUCUUCCGUGCAAAAUACACUCUCAGGGACCACAUGACAAUUCACACAGGGGAGAAACCUUUCAAGUGUUGGGAAUGUGGGAAGUGCUUUUCUCAUAACUCAACUCUUUGGAUCCAUAAGAAGAUUCAUUCAGGAAUAAAAUCUUACAAGUGCUUUGAGUGUGGGAAAUGUUUCACCCAGAGUUCAACUCUUCAGAAACAUGAGAAAACACACAGAGGGGAGAAAAAGAAAAAACCUUACAAAUGCUAUGUAUGUGGAAAUUGUUUCACCCAGAGUUCAGAUCUUCGGAGUCAUUGGAAAACACAUGGAGGGGAGAAAAAUUUAAAGUGCCUCGAAUGUGGGAAAUACUUUUCCAAUAAAUCAACCCUGGUGCGACAUCAGAAAAUUCACACUGGAGACAGACCCUUUGAAUGCCCAGAAUGUGGUAGAAGAUUUAUGUAUUCUUUUGAACUUCGGACACAUCAGAAGGGUCACAAAGGGGAGGAACCCUAUAAAUGUGGGGAGUGUGGAAAAGGGUUUCUUACACGAAAAGACAUGCAGAAUCAUGAGAGAAUCCACACAGGGGAGAAGCCGUACAAAUGUUUGGAGUGUGGGAAAUGCUUUUCCCGAAAACACACCCUUGGAAUGCAUGAGAGGGUCCAUACAGGCAUGAAGCCAUACAAAUGCAUAGAAUGUGGGAAAUCUUUUGCUUAUAAGGAAGUACUUUGGAGACAUCAGCAAAUUCACACCGGGGAGAAGCCAUAUCAAUGCAUCGAGUGUGGACAAUUUUAUCGUACCACAUCAAACCUUAGAAAUCAUAUAAAAAUUCACACGGGGGAAAAACGUUAUAAAUGCUUAGAGUGUGGGAAAGCAUUUGCUCGGUCAUCUCACCUUACAAGUCACAGCCGAAUCCAUUCAGGAGAGAAGCCCUUUAAAUGCUCGGAGUGCGGUCAGUGUUUUCCUCGGAAAGAUACUCUUUCGAAGCAUCAGCGAAUGCACACUGGAAAAAAAAUCAUAUAAAUGUUCAGAUUGUGGGUAAUGUUUUGCCCAACCUUCAGCACUGGGCGCACAACUGAUAUUACACUGGAGAGUAGCCUCACAAGUGGGCGGGGUGUGAGAACACUUUUAUUGCAAAUCACAGCUAAAAAUGCAUCAGAUAAUCCAUAGCAAAGAUAAACCUCUUCAGUUGGGAACAAUUUUUAAUUUUUAAAAAAAAUUUAUUUGCAUUUAUAUUCCGCCCUUCUCCGAAGACUCAGGGCGGCUUACACUAUGUUAGCAAUAGUCUUCAUCCAUUUGUAUAUUAUAUACAAAGUCAACUUAUUGCCCCCAACAAUCUGGGUCCUCAUUUUACCUACCUUAUAAAGGAUGGAAGGCUGAGUCAACCUUGGGCCUGGUGGGGCUUGAACCUGCAGUAAUUGCAAGCAGCUGCUGUUAAUAACAGACUGUCUUACCAGUCUGAGCCACAGAGGCCCGUUAAUGCAGGGACACCUUUUUUUAUAGUCCUUGAGUUAUGUCCAUAACUGGGAAUGGAUUUCCAGUCAUAAAUUGAGGCAUGCAGGAGUUUUAGUUAAUUCUUACUAGAGCUUUGUUGAUCCAUAGGGAGAACUGGAGAUUGGAGAAAAAUGGGGUGAGACUUGAAUGAAGAUGCUUCUGGUUGUUUAUUUAAAGAUAAAUAAAACAUAGAGGUUGUUUUUUUAGUGUUGAUGUUGAAUCUGCUGGCUGAGGAUGAAGAGGGAAACUAUUUUUCCUAUUAUCUUUUCUGGAGGGGUUUAUUAUUUUUUUUCUCCACCUUGUCUUUUUCAUAUAUUCACGCACACAUAUUUGUAUUAAGCUUGUUUGAUCUUUGUAUACUAUCCUGAAUAAAAUUAUUGUUCAAAAUAACAGGACUGUUUUCAGGACAUGGCUGGGAGCUCAAAAAUGCCAAGAUGGCCGUCAGAUUAUGCCAUGCUUUGCAGUUAAAAUCCUGCUGUUUUUAGCUUUAUAUGUGUUGCCCUUUAAAACAGCCGUUAUCUUGAUUCUUUUGACUCCAUCUUGUCUAGCUGGACACUUCUGGUGGAAUUAAAAGAUUUCGGAUGAACUUUAGGAAAAAUAUCCUGGAGAUUUGGGUAGACUCCUGCUCCUAAAAGGCAGAUCAUUGGUGGCUAUCUGCAUGUGCCUGACACACUUCUGGUUAUUUUGGACCACAUCUUACUUAGAACUUUUGGUCACAGGAAAUGCAGCUUUGAAUUAUGUAAUCAGUUUAGUGUGAACAGUUAAGUGGCAAAGUCCUUAGAAUGCAGUAAGGCUACUUGUGCUGACUGCUGACUGACUGCAAUUUGGCAGUUUGUAUCUCACCAGGCUCAAGGUUGACCCAUCCUUCCAAGGUUCGUAAAAUGAGGAAAAUAGCUGGAAAUGUUAACCCAGGUUCUAACACUGGCAAAUCGCCAUCCCAAACAAGCCCUGAUAACGGGGCUCCUCCUACUAAGGAAAACCAUAUCAAUGCAAUGAAUGUGGACAAUCUUUUGUACCUUAUCAGCCCUCAGAUGUCAUGUGAAAAUUCAUAUGGGAAAAAAAUUACAAAUAUUUAGACUGUGGCAGAGUAUUUCCUCAGUCAUCACACCUUAGAAGUCACAGCUGAAUCCAUAUGGGAGAGGAACUUCACAAAUGCUCAGAGUGAAUAAAGGAUCUUAAAAAUAUGAACACGUGAAGUGUUAGUACCACUUUAUAAUGCCUUGGUCAGUUCACACUUGGAAUAUUGCAUUCAGUUUUGGUUGCCGCGAUGUAAAAAAGAUGUUGAGACUCUAGAAAGAGUGCAGAGAAGAGCAACAAAGAUGAUUAGGGGACUGGAGGCUAAAACAUAUGAAGAACGGUUGCAGGAACUGGACUAGGGGAGAUAUGAUAGCAGUGUUCCAAUAUCUCAGGGGCUGCCACAAAGAAGAGGGAAUAGGGCUAUUUUCAAAGCACCUGAGGGUAGAACAAGAAGCAGUGGGUGGAAACUGAUCAAAGAAUAGAAUAGAAUAGAAUGGAAUGGAAUGGAAUGGAAUGGAAUAGAAUAGAAUAGAAUAGAAUAGAAUAGAAUAGAAUAGAAUAGAAUAGAAUUUUAUUGGCCAAGUGUGAUUGGACACACAAGGAAUUUGUCUUGGUGCAUAUGCUCUCAGUGUACAUAAAAGAAAAGAUACGUUCAUCAAGGUACAACAUUUACAACACAAUUGAUGAUCAAUAUAUCAAUAUAAAUCAUAAGGAUUGCCAGCAACAAGUUAUAGUCAUACAGUCAUAAGUGGAAAGAGAUUGGUGAUGGGAACUAUGAAACGAUUAAUAGUAGAUUCAGUAAAUAGUCUGACAGUGUUGAGGGAAUUAUUUGUUUAGCAGAGUGAUGGCCUUCGGGAAAAAACUGUUCUUGUGUCUAGUUGUUCUGGUGUGCAGUGCAGUGCAGAAAAAAGCAACUUAGAACUAAGGAGAAAUUUCCUGACAGUUAGAACAAUUAAUAAGUGGAAUGACUUGCCUGCAGAAGUUGUGAAUGCUCCAACACUGGAAAUUUUUAAGAAAAUGUUGGAUAACCAUCUGUCUGAGAUGGUGUAGGGUUUUCCUGCCUGGGCAGGGGGUUGGACUAGAAGGCCUCCAAGGUCCCUUCCAACUCUGUUGUUAUUAUUAUAUCAGGCUGAAGGAAAUCAACAACUGGCAGAUGACCUGAAUGUGUUUUACUGCAGGUUUGAAAAGAAACUACAGCCACCUAUCUCCACAACCCUAUUUCAGAGACACCAACAAAAGCCAAGCCUCCUACAACUGACCCCAUCCCAUUGGGUUCACAACCCCUAGUGAUCACAGAAAAGGAAGUGUAGGACCUAUUUCACAGACAAAAGCCAGGAAAAGCUCCAGGCCCAGGCAAGAUAACUCCUUCUUGCUUAAAAGUCUGUGCUGACCAAUUGGGCCCCAUCUUCACCUGAAUCUUCAAUAAAUCACUAAAGAUGUGUUAUGUUCCUUCUUGCUUCAAGCGCUCUACUAUCAUCCCAGUGUCGAAGAAACACUCCAUCAAGGAACUGAAUGACUACAGACCAGUUGCUCUAACAUCUGUAGGCAUGAAAACCUUUGAAAGGCUAGUGCUGUCCCACCUGAAAACCAUCAUGGAUCCACUGUUAGACCCCCUGCAAUUUGCAUACUGAGCAAAUAGAUCAACAGAUGAUGCUGUUAAUAUGGCUCUGCACUACAUCCUACAACAUCUUGAUUCUCCAGAGACAUUUUUGUGAUCAAUAAGCAGUCCCAAGUAAAAAGCCAUUCUUCCAAAUUUGCUUUUUCUGCAAAAAUUGGCAAAAAAAACCCUUGCAAAUUGUAAUUGGAUGGCUGCAAAAUCAUGGAACUGGUUGCAAAAUCCAACUAGUUGCCAAGUGCUCAUAAUGUGGUCACAUAAGUUUGGGGGGAAGGAUUUUACAAUGGUCAGAAUUUUAUGGCCCAGUUUAUGGGCCAUAAAUCCUUGCCGAAAGUCAAAGAUCGCUUGUAAUGAAACCUUGAUAAACCCAGGAACAUUCCAAAAGGGGCUCAUUGUAUAAAUGCUCGGAAUAUUGCAAAAUACUGACUUCACUGAGAUGUCUGGAGGCCCCAGAGGAUCCACAAGAAAAAGAAAUUUGGGGUAUUGAUGUGGGAAAACAUUUCUGAAAUGUCUACUUGGUCUGCAGAUAAAAAUGCUCUCCAGAUAAACCCUUCAGGUGCUCGCAUGACUGGAAACUUUCCGCUUGAAAAACUACAUCAGAGCUUGGUAUGUGGAAAAUCUGUUCCUUGAAAUGAGACAAUUGUCAUAUAUUUGUGAGUCCCACAGAGAGAAGCCCUAGAAAUCUUUGUAGCAUAGAAAAUAUGUAAUCCUGAAAUCUUUUCAAAAGAUACAAAAGCAGGUCUAAUUUGGUAAAGUGAGAAAAAAGCUCCCUGGCCUGGGUGUUAUUAGAUAAAGCUUAUCAUCUUUUUAAUUUUGAUUACAUUUAAAUUCCUUUGUAUAUAUUCUUGUUCUUUUAUUGUGAUAUUUCAUGAUUCAUAUACCAUGUUACAUUAAA